AUGUCUUCAGUUGGGCAAUUGGUACCACAAGUAACAAAAGGGCCGCCUAAUACAACCUACACAUUCAACGGCCCACACAUAGAAGGUUCAUUCUGCACCAACAUAAAUACUAAUUAUGAUCCAGUUGUAAGCAUCAUUUGUGCUAUGUAUAUUGUUUUUGGAAUAGUAUAUUCCCUUUUUGGAUAUCGAUGUUUUAAAGCAAGUAUGUUCUUGACGGGGUUUACAUUUGGUUCUGCCAUUGUGUAUCUUAUAUGUUUACAAGAAUACUUGAUGCCGCCAUAUGGAAAUGUUGGUGUUGCACUAUGUGCUGGACUACUUUUUGGCCUGAUAACAAUGCUUAUUCAGUAUGUUGGGCUGUUUAUGACUGGAUUCCAUACAGGAUUAUUGAUUGCUAUUGCUGGUCUUGCUGUAUAUGAUCAUCUUCUGGACAGCAGACUCAAUACGUAUUGGCUAUGUGUCGUCUCAUUACUUUUGUCCGGAAUAUUUUUCGCCGUUAUCAACUUGUACUGGAAGAAAGUUUUGACAAUCUUCGGUACUAGUGUGUAUGGCGGCGCUGUCAUCGCUACAUCUCUAGAUUAUUUUGUUGAAAGAAUGGUUAUGCUUAAAUGGCUGUGGGAGCGUGCAAAGCUGGAGCCAACUGUGCCACCCCCUUGUACAAUAUCGUGGUUCACUUUAGCUGCUUGGCCGACCGUCGCCAUUGUCGGUUUCACUGCACAAUAUGCUCUCACAGGCACCGGAAUAUAUCACGAACAGAGCAUAAGCGCACAAAAGCGCCAUCUCAAGGCACAGCCGGCUAGACCAGUCACACGCGAACAACGCGCAGAGAUGAAACAGCGCAAAUAUCGUUACCUCUAUCAGGUGCGGACUGCACACGGCGAUGUCAUUUCACAGUCAUACGUACAAGCAUUGCAAAAGAAGGCUCAAUGUGGUAUUUGGACGGGUAGCGGUGGUGGCGAAUGUAGUACGCUGCAAAGUGAUUCUACACACCUUACAGUAUUGGCUGGCUCGGAACAAGCCCCGCCCACUGAUUCUGACGACGAUCUUGAACAGAUUCGAGCGGCGCACUAG